AUGUCUCAAAAACGCAUCGCCAAGGAGCUCUCCGAGUGCACCCAGAACCCCCCCUCCGGCAUGACCAUCACCCUCCCCUCCGAGUCCAACCUCCACCGGUGGCACGUAACCCUCCAGGGCCCGCCCGGCACAGUCUACAGCUCCGGGCAGUUCGGCCUCCUCGUGCAGCUGCCGCAAGAGUACCCCUUCAAGGCGCCCCUCGUGACCUUCACCACGCGCAUCUACCACCCCAACGUCACCAACGACGACGCGGGCAACAUCUGCAUCCCCCUCCUCAAGCCCGAGAACUGGAAGCCCGCGUCCAAGCUCGCGGCGGUCCUCGAGUCCGUCCGCCAGCUGCUCGUCGAGCCCAACCCGGACGACCCCCUCGAGCCCCGCGUCGCCGAGGAGUUCCGCGCCUCGCGCGCACAGUUCGACAAGACCGCCCGCGAGUACGUCGCCCGCUACGCAAAGGGCGCGCCCCGGUUCGACGGCGCCGGCUCGGCGGCCGCCGGUAAGGCCGACACGCCCAUGUCUUAG